AUGGUGCAGCUGCGUCAAGAGUUUGUGGAGGAGCUCGCGAACCCUGCUUUGGCCAAGGAGAGAAAAGUUGCAAAGGCAAAGGCUAGGCACCACGCGGGGUGGAAACCUCCGGAGGCGCCGCAAUCUCAGGAGGAGUACCGCUUUGAUUUCGGGAAACAUUCUGGUUCCACCUUGAGGAGUGUGCUUCAGGAGGACCCUGGCUACCUUGAUCGGUUGAUGAGUUGGAGGAACAACAUCCUGGACCAGAAGCUGACAUUGAGGUGUGCUCUUGAGAAGGAGGGCCUCCUCGAGGGGCUCCUGGCGAAGAGGCCCCAGCUGAUGGUCGAGAGAGCGCGGGGGAUGAUCGCGAAGGCGGCGGAGGACAAGGACAAGCCCCUGCAUCCGGAAAUCGCCAAGUUGCGGGUCGCGCAGCACAUCGAGGCCACCGAAAUCUUGGCCAUGCAUUCCAGCGAGACUGCCGUGGCGGCGCUUGCAGCGCCCCCGCGGGACCAGCAGCAGAAGAGAAAACGAGCGUCGGCAGCCAGGUACCUUCUCCCGCACUGUUCCAGAUGUGGGAGCGUGGAGCACAAGCGGCCGCAGUGCCCGAACAAAUCGCUGCAGGGCGAGGUCGUGGAGGACUGCCGCAGCCAGGCCGUCGUGGAUUACAUGCGGAACCGCCGAUCUGCUGCACUUGUCGCCAGGCUGAAGUACACGCAAAUAUCUAUCAGAACGCGGGAGUACGAAGAGAGGGCGAAGAAGAUGGCGAGGGCCCCGAUUGACACGGACUUUGUGCAAAUGGCACGGUGGUCCCCAGAAGAGUUCGUCCACUACCUCGUGUCCGCUGGCAUUUUGCACGACUUGAAAGGGACGCCGUGCCCGCGAGGGAAGUGCCAAUCCUCCAAGAAGUCGAGCUUCCUCGAGGGCGCCGAGAAGGAGCUGGGCCAAUUGCGAUGCAAUGCUGAAAAGGGGCAGGAUAUUAUCAUUGAGACUGCGUGGCACGCGUGUGGCGUGUGCCGCGUGCACCAAUCCGUGGCUCUGCACAAUCCGUUGUUCUCUGGCCUGCUUGGGAAGGGCAGCAAGGGCGUGUCGAUGUGCGUGAUGGCGUGGUGGCUAGCCGCUGAAGGGGUCCCUGAGUCGGUGGCAGUGCGGCAGCUCAAUAUCCAUGAGGGCGUCGUGCAAGGGGAGAGGGGCGACGCCUGCCGCCCCGCGCGGGCGCGGUGGAUUCAGUGGGGCACCGGCUCUUCUCGAACGGUCGAGGUGGAGGUCGAUGCCACGGUCAUUUGCAAGUGGAACGCCGAGGAGAACGCCGAGCUGACGCAUUCAUAUUACUGUUACAUUGGCAUUCGCCAGCGAGGUAGCACGUCCCACUUCGCCAUGAUGCCGCUGGGCGCGUAUCACGCUUUCUGCAAGGAGAUCCUUGGCGACCGCAAGUACAAUCUGCUGCUCAUGACAGACGGCGCGGGCUGCUACAAGUGCCGCUGCUCGGAUUGCGUCGUGCGGUUCGAGGAGCACCACAGCGUGAACCACUCCAGGAAGCCGAAGGCCGAGUUUUCCCGGCCCAUCCCCGCGGUCGUCGCCGACGUCGACACGGGCCACGCGAGGGGAUCUAUGGCUGGCGCGAUGACGAUCGACAAAGAAUGGGAUCUUCUCAAGGAGCCUUUGCCACGGAACCUGACUGCCCGCGCUGUGGAGGACGUCGAUAGGACGGACGGCUACGUGAGGUCUCAGCAAUGGCGGCGCUUGGUCGGCAACGACGAUCGAUGGUCGGCUUUUCUCGACGCAGCCAGGGAGUGGGCGAAAUGCGCCGAUUCCAGAGCGAAGCUCAAGCUGGGUCUGGCAACGGGGAAAGCGGGCAAGUUGGCUCUGGCAGCGGGGAAGCGCUUGAACAGGGGCAAGAGCAGCGGGAGGAGCGCGCCCGAGAGCAUUCCCAAGAGGCACCCGCACGCCAUCGCGACGGGCAUGCCGACGGCCGCGGCCCCGAGCAUCGUGACGGGCAGGGUGCCGUGGGUGCCCCCAUGGCCGCUCCCGCCGCCGCCAGCCUGGCACGCGGGCGCCCUGUGGGGCGAUCGGUAUCUUGAGCGCCAGGGCAGCGCUCCCGUGUGCGGCCGGCAUGCCUUGAACAAUUUGUUGGGGGCGCCGCAGUUCUCGGACGGCGACUUGGAGGUGGCACGCGGCAUUGUGGUGGCUCAGACAGAUGAUCCCCCCGACCUUCACGUGAGCGAUGGAGGAUGGUACUCCCACUCCGUGCUGGCGACUGCCUGGUGGCGGAUUCUCAAGCACAACGACCGCGUGUGGCACGUAGACAGCCUCCGUGAACCCGCCAUUCUAGACGAGGCAGCCGUCGGCAGGGCGCUCCGGAGGCAUCCGAUGGCGUUUCCCAUCGUGACCAAUUCAUACCAGGAGUGA